GAUGUCAGGUUCCAGGAAAGGGAAGGAAGUGUUCUCGGUUAUAAUUGUAGCAGAUAGAAGGAGGAAAGCAUUCACUGGCUGAGGUCCGACAGCUGAUCUACUGCUACAAGGCUGACAGCAGUGUGUUUAUAAGAAGAAUAAAAUGCACUGAUGACUGGAUCUCGCACCAAACCGUGUCGAAUAAUGAUCAGCAAGUUCGUCAUAGUGAGCCAUCCUGUUUCUGUGUGUGUACCUGCGAACCAUGAGGUGACGCUGAGUGUCCGAGCUGAGGGCACCAACAACCUCAAACUUAACUACCAGUGGUUCACUGAUGAGAAGGAGGUGUCUGGAGGCACUGGAGCAGACCUGACCAUCAAAGCUAGAAAAACUCAGCUCUAUGUGUGCCGAGUGAAUGACCACAUUUGUAACUGCGAGUUCAGCGACUGGGUGAAAGUGAAGGUGCUGGACAUUGAUAAAUCAGGGUUGCCAGUACACUGGCAAGGUGAGCCACACAUCGCUGUCAACCCUAAACCCCAGACAGUCCGACUAGGUGCUAAACUCACUCUCCGCUGCGCUGCCUUUGGCAACCCCGCUCCACACUACCAGUGGUACAAAAAUGGACAGCCGCUCCUGGACAAAACUAGUGGCAUACUGCAGAUUGACCGUGCAACAGCCGAACAUGGAGGAUGGUACUUGUGCUCCAUAUCUAACAUACUAAAAGAGACAUGGACUGAAGCGGUCGAGGUUAACAUCGUGCAAACUGAUCAGCUCCCCCCUGCAGCACCCACAGCCUCUGAUAAAGUCGCCCUGCUUAUUGGCAACUUGAACUACUCCAACCACCCGGACUUGAUGGCCCCCAUUAUGGAUGUACAUGAGCUGGCCAACCUCCUGCAGCAGCUCGGCUUCAGAGUGGUGUCCCUGCUCGAUCUCACCAGGGAGGAGAUGCUGGCCGCUAUUGACAAGUUCAUUCAGCUCCUUGACAGAGGAGUUUAUGGCCUUUUUUACUAUGCGGGUCAUGGAUAUGAGCGUGUUGGGAGGAAUUACUUGGUAGCUGUUGAUGCUCCCCAACCGUACCAACCAGAAAACUGCAUCUGUGUGCAGAGGGUCAUGCACAGCAUGCAGAAGAGACAGACCGCACUCAGUGUAAUCCUUCUGGAUACCUGCAGAAAAUGGUACAACCAGGACUGCAUGCCUUCAGGCAUCAUGCCAGUGGAACCCAGUGGGAACACUGUUUAUGGUUAUGCCACAUGUGAAGAUGCUGAGGCGUUCGAGGUCCAGGACGGGGGGAAAAGUACUGGGAUCUUCACGAAGUACUUGAACGCACACAUCCUACAGACUGAGAAAGUCACACACGUCUUAGAGCGGGUGUCCGAGGAUCUAGCCAGAGACCCUCUGGUCACAGGCAAGCAACAGGUGGAGAUCAAACACACCCUGAAGGAACCUCGAUCCCUCGCAGACCCAGUUCGGACCAACGGCCACACAAGGGAACUCCAGCUGCGAGAUGCCUGCUGGAGACAAGCAAACAAGCUACCACGGAAGAAGCGGCUGAUGUUUGUGUGCGGAGUCGAAGUGGAAGUCAGCUUCUCAGCAUUGUUCUCCAACGUCUUGGUGUCUUUUGCCACUGUAAAGACUACAGGCCUCCGAACCCAGGACUGCACCGUCACCCUGAGCAGCAUACCUCCAAUGGAAGACAUAUUCUCCGGCCCUGGCAGGUCAGAGGAGAUGGACACUCUACUAUUCAGUAAUUCCGAUAACCCGGACUGUACUCUGCGACUUUGUGCUCUUCAAAAGCUUACGGAAUCGCUGGUCAUCAAGGUGGAGCUACACUAUACCCACAUGGACAGCAAGCUGCGCCAGACAGAAAGCCAACAGGUGGACAUAGGAAAGCCUCUGGUGGCAUCCUGUAAACUGCACAAGAGGAAUCAGUCACCGGCAGCCAAGAAACAAGAAGGUGCUUCUGCUCAAAGUAUGGGCAACGCUUCAAGCAGCAAACCAAAGACUCCGGCUGGUCCGUGUCGCCCUUUCACCAGAAAGGCAGAGUGUGCUCCUCCUAAAGUUGCAGUCGCAACAAGAAGCAACCAACCUGAAGAGAACGAUGAAAAUGAACUUUAAGACUUCGCUCUUCGACAUUAGACCUUUCUGGUCCUAUUGUAAAUACUUGUUUGAAGAUUUGAUGCUUUUUACUGAUGUGAUUAGGAGUUACUCAGUUGCUGAUCAUGCAUCUUUACAUGUCUGUUGUUGAUGAUGAUGAAUGAAUGGGUGAAUGACUGAGGUUUUUGUGUUUGGUUUGCCUCUCUAAGCCUUCAAUUCUUAACACUGAAGAAACAUUAACACUUACUUUUUUGCUAAGCACUGAUUUCAUCAUAAAUGGUACAAUACUUGGCAAGCUGGCUAGCCUAAUUUAUCAAAUAAAGAAAGUCCAUUACUGUUAAUAAUUUAUCUAAUAAAGACCACUACUUCUAUUACUA